AUGUUGAUCACAUUUGUAGUUGAUACAAGUGGAUCGAUGGGUCAAAAGACGAGUAAUGGAAUGACAUUGUUGGAUUGUGCCAAGGCAGCAAUAGAACACUUUCUAAAGAUAAGGUCAAAGGAUACACAGAUCUUUCGUAACGAUCGUUACUUUUUAAUUACAACAGAAGAGUGUCCGCAAGCAGUCAAGAUUGGAUGGAGAGACAACUUUAAUAGCUUUCUUCAAGAACUAAAGAAUUUGCAACCAAAGGAUCUAUCAAACAUACCGUAUUCUUUGGUGAAAGCAUUCGAUCAUUUGAAUCAAUUUCGUAUUCAAUCUCUCAUUGACAACUAUGGUUUGGGUCGUAACCCUUGGUUUAUUGAACCUGCUGUCGUUGUACUAUUAACUGAUGGUGGUGCUCAAAAUUCAAAUGGUUUAUUAGAUAAUAUACAAAUACCAAAAUCACAAUUAUCAGGAGGUGAUUUAACCAUUGAACCAUAUAGAUGGGAACAGAAAUUAUUUUCAUUGGUAUUAAGAUUUCAUGGAUGUGCAUCACCGAUUUCACAAACUCUUUCAGAGACACCUGUUAUUGCAGCGGCAUGUGAUGCAACUGGAGGUAGAGCACAUAUUGCAACUAGUAUGAAGUCAUUGACACAACAAGUUGAAAAUUUAAUAUCUAGACUACAAACAAGUGUGUUGGUCAAUUUCGAUGCAAUCACAACUCCCAAUAAUAUGCAUUCCAACAGUAAUCUUCCUGUACAACCACCACCUCCACCUCCUCCACCAUCACUUCAUAAAAUGUUAUUUGUAAGACCUGGUCAAGGUUUUUGGCCAAUUCCAGAAAACUAUUAUACAGAUUUUUCAACUUUUAAUUUAAUACCAAGACCAUCACAUCCAACAAUUAAAUUUUCAUUACAAGAUUCAGAUACAAAUAUACCAGAGAAUUUUCCAUUUGAUAAAUAUGAAGUGGAACCAUGUCCGGUGACACAAUAUAUCCUAUCAAACAAACUUACUUGUCUACAUGUAUAUAUAAUGAAUCCUUCACCCAAAUGGAGAAAUGAAUUUGACAAUUAUCUAAUGUCAAUCCCCAUCUAUUAUAUUGGUCCAAUUAAAGCUGCUUUUAAAAGAUUUGCAAAUAUUAAUGUCGUUCCCGAUCCAAUAGAUGCUCAAUACAAUAAUUAUAUAAAGAAACAAAAAACAAAAAUGGAAAACGAAAGAAUUUUAUUACAACAACAGCAACAGCAACAACAGCAGCAACAACAACAACAGCAACAACAAAACAACAAAUUUAGUAAAGAUUUGUAUAGUUUUAAACCAUCAAAUACUACUCCUGUUGCACCACAACUAAAUUAUUCAAACAAACAAUUUAUUGGUAAAAAUUAUCACAAGAUUUUAGAGUCUAAUUAUGAUAGUCUCAGUGGUACAGUUCAACAGUAUUAUGACAGCGGCAAUAGUGGUUCAAAUGGUGACGCAGAUGAUGAUUCUUUAUCAAAUUCAUUGGGGUCUGGUGACAUUGAAUUGGAUUAUUAUAGUACUAGCAGCAGUACAAAUAAUAAUAGUAACUCUGAUCAAAUUGAUCCAACAACUUUUGCAAAUAUGCUUUAUAGAAACGUGUUUGAUAUUCAGAAACCAAAUUUACUCGAUCAAUUGGACAAGAUGCGACAGCAUAUAUUCAAACGAAAGAUUGACACAGAGAUUGGAAAGUUUAGUGUCCCAAUUAGUCAGAUGGGCAAUUAUCACGAAACCAUCAACAAAAGAGAAACGCUACGUGAAAUCGACGAGGAUAGAAAACCAAAUCAUCCCCUCUUUGGUAAUCCAUAUCGUAGCAAGGACAAGGGGCAUAGAGGGUUUGAAGUAUCGAUUGAUGAGGCUGAACUUGACAGCGAUAUAGAAGGAUCUGGUGGAAAGAAACCAAUCAAUCCACAAAAAAGAAAGAGAAGAUUGCCCCCACCCAUCCCCAUCGUACCAAUGUCCAAACAAAUACAAUUACAAAAAGAACAACAGGCCAAAGAACAACAAUUCAAAGAACAACAACUCAAGGAACAACAAGAAAGAGAGCAAAAAAUCAAAGAACAACAACUUAAAGAACAACAAGAACGUGAACAAAAGAUACGUGACCUACAACAAGCCAAAGAACAACAAUUACUCAAAGAACAACAAGAACGUGAACAAAAAAUACGUGAUCAACAGGCAAUUCGUGAAAAGGAAUUAUUAUUAUCACAACAACAACAACAACAAAAGUCAAUUUCAUCUAAUAUUCCUCAACAAGUCGCACCACCACCUGUAAUUAAUAAUCCAGUUCUCAUUUCAAAUAUUAUUCCAAAUAUUCCAAGUCCAAAACUACCUGUACAUUCUCCACCAACAGCCUCCACAAUUCAUAAACCACCUCAACUACCAUCCAAAACACCAUCUCCUCCCCUUGUUCAACAACAGUCGCCAAUUAAAACUCCGUCACCUCCACAAGUCCAUCAACCUCCACCUCCACCUCCACCACCAAACCAACAACAUUCAUCAAAUAAUCAACAUGUAUCACCUGCUAUACCACUUGUUCCAACCAACUAUUUGAUACUUUUACAAAACAAUGAAAAGGUAUUAAAAUUGAUUAGAAAGGAAAUUAAAAGACCAACAAGAAACAAUUCAGAUUUUGUCAUUCAAACUAUAUCUAAACUCGUUGGAAACAAAAAAGAUAUAGAUGUUUUAAUAUCAAAACAAAUUUUACCAUAUGCACAAGAAUUUAAAAAAUAUUCUUUAAUUUUAAGGUUAGAGUGUAUGUUGGAAAAAUUAAUCCAAUAA